AUGAAUCAGACUGAUGCUCGGGCAGCUUGCAGAGAAAAUUACACCGACCUCGUCACUGUGUACUCUGAUGAAGACAACACUGAACUGUAUAACCUGAUGAUGAAGGCUGGUGGUGGAGGAGGAUGGAUCGGUCUCUAUCACGAUGCUUCUUCACAGACUCCUAAUUAUUAUCUAAUCCUUGAGAGUAAGACCUGGUAUGAAGCUCAGCGUUACUGCAGGGGGCGCUACACUGACCUGGUCAGCAUCAGAGAUCAGCAGCAAAAUGAAGAGGUGAAGAUUAAAGGGUUAAACAGCAGCACGUCCUUCUGGAUCGGCCUGCUGCGUGAUGACUGGCAGUGGACUGAUGGAGGAAACUCUACUUACAGGAACUGGUGGACUGGAGAACCUUCGGCCCCACCAUACAACUGUGUAGUACUAAUUGGAGGGAAAUGGAUGUCAUGGUCAUGCAGUAUUAACUACUAUCCUCUGUGCUACAGCUCCAUCCAUGUGAGUGCUGAGGCUCUGAGCUGGCAGGAAGCGCUGGGUUACUGUAAUGAAGGGAACAGGACUGGAAUUCUCAACAUCGAUUCUGAAGCUAAACAGAAAGAGGUGGAGUCUGGGCUCAGGAGGGGGCGUGUCGCUGAUCCACUGUGGGUGGGGCUUAGACAGAGCCGAUUCUUUGGGUUCUGGAUUUGGGCCGAUGGGGCGGCUGUGUCUCCGUACGCCAACUGGGAUGAAGGGAAAUGGCCCGAGGGUCCGCUCUCUCAGCACUGCGGCGCCGUCGUUCCUCCAGACUACAGAUGGAGAGAUAUGAACUGUGGGUCUCGGUACAGAGCUCUGUGUCACAUCAAGUGUUUUCCAUGAAUCACACAAUUUUUUAUGUGAUUAUUACUAUUAUUAUUAUUAUUAUAAUUUAGUACCUUUCUGUAUACUUUUUAUUCUUUUUAAACAUGAAAUGGUCAGAUUCCAUAUAAUAAUAACAUUGGUUUUCAACUGGUGAACUGGUGACAGGAUCUCGGCCACCCAAGGCCCACCCAUGCCCACGGGGACCAAAGGCCCGCCUGUCUGAUCCAAUCCGUCAGAAACACUAAUGCACAGCCCACUUGAGCCUUUGCCUGCUGGGCCUUUUGCCUUUGCCACCGCAGAACCCACAGCACCCAAAGGAUCCGCUGCAAACAUCCUGCAAUAGGACAUAUUUAAGCUGGAAAUUAGUAAAUGUGUCUGAAAACAGGUUUAAUUCCUCUAUAUUUCUUAUAUUAUGAUAUUAUUAUGAGAAACUUUAGAUAACUUUUUCUUCAUGUGAAAUAUAUUUACUGACAUUUUUCUCUCUCACACAAUCUCUGUGUGUCUCUGAAGAUGUUUUAGACGUUAAUGGUGAUAGUUUACAUAAGGUGUAGAAUAGUGAUGGAAAAAUGAUUAUAACAGACUGUAAUUCACUCUGUUCAUCAUACUCUAAUGUUUGAUGCUUUAUGUGUUUUAAAGAGCCUAUAUUGUCAUUUAAUAAUCAUUUAAAAAUGUUUUGCUCUUUGCUCCAUUUAAAACUCCGAACCCCCUCAUGAUGAUGAUAAAUAACACUGUUAUAUGUUACGGGAAUGU